CCUGCAUUUGCAUUUGCUUUUUCAUCCGCAACCUGAAUGUCGGAUCGGGACUCCCGUGCGUUUUCUCUGCCCCCGCAAUGUGUGUGUCCCGGAAGAUCCGGAUAUCCGGAAACUCUGCUGUUGCAAUGAUGUGUACCAUAUAAUACAAAGUGCCGUAGAUGAGCGUUGCAGGAGAAUAAAAAGUCAAAAAUUAAGCGUCCUAUCGGCGACGGACAGGAUGAAUCGCACAAUGAGUGAGAAAGAGGAGUUGGUGAAGAGGUCUCUGUUCAGCUUUGUCAGGAAGCAAGUACCUGCUGCCCAACUAAACUUGAUCGAUGACAUUGUUUUGGGAUAUGUGGUGAGCAUGGUGGAAGAAAGUGCCGUAGAAGAUGAGUUGGAUGUAGAUGGAUUAAGUGAGAUGGUAUCCGCCUGUCUCCCUGAAUUCUCAACCAUUGGAAAAGAAGCCGUAACCAAAUGGCUCUUUGAUAUUGAAAGUCAACUUCGAGAGGACAACAAAGGAAGAAAUGACAAUGCCCAAUCCUCGGAUCCGUUGAGUUGCAUCAGUCUAGCUGCGUUACUACCUGAACCUCAACGAGCCACUAGAGUCCAUCACUUGUCGGAAACCAGUGAUGCUGGCAGUGAUUCUAGUGGUGAAUACUUGGCUGAAGAAUCUUCCUGGGACCAAGUAGCACUGCUGCAAGAAAUGUUUCCCGGAGCGAGCUCCGCAGAAGCUCGCCAUUGCCUCGCCGUUGCCGGAGGUGACAUAGCAAAAGCAGCUCAGCUCGCCCUGCACAGACAAGAAGCCGGGCAAAGUAUCGUCAGCAAUCUCACGUUUCUCACCCCCAACGGCCAGCGGAAACAGCGUGUCAACGACGAGGAGCUCAAGGCACGUAUAAUCAAUCGCUACAGUUACGUGGAUCGCGACGACGACUCACGCGAGCACCGACCGGUCGCGCCAAAGACCGAGCCGAAGAAGCUGGUGCGCUACCUGGACAACAAGAUAGUCUCAGUGAAAGGCGAGCGCUUUACAGAGGUAAAACGUGGCGGUAACGACGACGAGGACGGCAACGAGAUGGGCCGCAAGCCCCGGGGGCACUGCCGCCCGUAACCAGUCGGUUCGCCUCCACCCCCCGAUCCACCCCCCUGGAGGAGGCGUUGCUUGACCUUUCAUCGUCAGCUCUUCGAUGCGAGCGCGUUAUUAUUACUAUUAUUGUCCUUAUCAUCAUUAUGCACGUUAUUGCCAUUGUUUCCUCGGCUGUUGCCGCUGCCACCGCAAUUGUUCGUAAGACCGACGCCAAAGCAGCUCCUACUCGUUGCCGUUACGUGAUACUCAGCUCGAGCUUCUUCUUCAUCUUCUACUUUUCCUUCUUGCGCGCGGACGUCAAGCUCGACCUCGCCGCGGGCACCCUCGUUACUACCUAGCCCUCUUACGUCUAGCUAUGUUCCGCUUAGCUAGGUUUUUCCACUCAUUCUUUUUCGUUCAAAAGAAUGACUGCUCUCUAAGUGUAGCAGACGUUUCGGUCUGUUGCUAUAAGAAAUUGAACCUCAAGUGUUCAUGUAGGCUAUAGGAUGUGAAAAUUCUCUAAAGUUUUAUUCUGCGUGUCUCUUGUAUUUAAAAAUAUAAUUACAAGUACCGGUUAAUUUUAUUUAAUUUCUCAUUCAAACUAUUAUUUAAGUUUUAUCAGUGUACGACCAAAUUACCCAUAACAUAUUUUUUGUUUGAAAAGACACUAUAGUAAACGAAAAAGAGUUAUUUAAUACUACAUUAAAUUCCAGUGAAGGGACGAAAUUUUUAAUUUAAUAUUCACAUGACCAUUGAUUAAAAUCAACUGACAAUAAUUUUGGAGUGACUGCAUUUUGGGUUUUACAAAUUUUUAGGGUAUCACCUCACAAAUAGGAAGCUUUACUAUCUCAUAGUUUAAAGUAAUGCCACCACUAGUUACACGCGUUUAUUCUUAAACUUUUUUUUAAGAUGCUAGCAUUUAGAUUUAUCUACGAUUACAUACGUUUAAAUAUGUAUUUAGAAAAAAAUACCAUUCUCUUAUUUCGCAAAAAAAGUUUAGGUGGUAGAGAAAAUAAAAAAUCCUAAUUAAAAGAAAAGGGCUAAUGUUACGUUUUAGUUAGCACUAGUUACUUUUGUUAUUACAAAUGUAUGUUUGUAAUUAGUCUGUUCCAAAGUAUUUAUUUCUCCUAAGGUUGUCUAUAAUCUUAGCGGCUUAACGAGUUGAGCCGUGACAUGCGUAAAAAGGAGUCUGCAAAGCGGAGGAUCUUUUCUCCAAUGUUUGCUUUGACGUCCGGAGUCGUUCCGUAGGUGUACAUACAACGAGGAUUCGCCCAAGCGUACAAUGUUGCGGCCGUGACAGCAGCGUGCAAGGUUGACUGCCUAUUCGCGUGUUAUUCCCCUGCUUUUUGCUACCUUAUAAUAUUAAUUUUAAUCUUUUUUUUUUUUUUUUUUUUCAUCAUGACGAAAGACUAUUGUAUACGUUGUAUACGCAACUUUGUUUUAAAUCCAUUAAUUAAGACUGAUAGACCCCACGGAGGUCUCGUUGCACUCAUUAUUCUCGCUGGCCCCUCGCUUUAAAAGUCGCUCUGCAAAGUAAGUUUUACGUAUUGCGUGAUAAGUCGUCUCUGAGUCAGAUAUUAAAAAUGUUUGAUUUUUUUUUUUUUGUAAUUGUUGAAAACAAACGUCGUAUGGAAAAUUUAAUUUGCAGCUUUGCCGGAAUAUAAGAGUGAAAAUUUGCGUUUUCAGUUGUACUUUGCUGAAAAAUUGAAAUGUGAUAACAAUCACAGGAACCUUUGUUUCCUCGCGAUUGAUAAACUGCAUUCCCAAUGCAGAACGAGUAGCAGAAAGAAAUACACGCGUGGGCAGUUUUACCUGUAGGAUACUAAUAAGGAAACCGAUUUGUUUUUUUUACCCAAAUGAGGAAUAUAAUACAAUAUGUUCGUAUCUGUAUCGUGAGUUAUUAUACGUUGUUUGUACAUAUGUGUAAGACGACGCAAAAAAAUUUAAAGAUUAGAAGCACGAGUGAUAGAAAAACGCUUCGCAUCGAAGUAGUGAUAACACCUUUGUGGUGAGAAUUUGAUCAAAAGUAAUGCGUUAUGUGAUGGCCAUGUGGAAUAAAUUUUUAGAAAAUUACCAAAAAGGGUCAUUCGAUUAUUAUUGGAGGGAGUGCAAAGGUCUGGGGUGGUGAUGAAACGGUGGGUUGUCACGGACACUGUUGCAGUAUGAAUGCAGUCUUUUGACGAAUUGACUAUUUUUUUGUUAUCUGGUGUCAAGAGUUGGUAUACAAUUUGAUUUUUGUGUUUAUUGAACUUUCGAAACAUAACUUUCACUUGAAAAUUGCAAAUAAACUGAUGAAAAAAAAUUUGUAAGCCUUAUGAGGGUGACUAUUCAGACUGAAUCUAAUGUCAAACUGAGAUAUUUGCAUGAUAACAAAACACGAACUGAAAACCUAUUUGACGUACUUUGGUUUAUCGACUCGAUAAUUUCAAUGGCGUAUUUUUAUGUUAAUGUUACAAACGUAAAUAAGUAAUAUUGACCGCUUUUUUUCACAAACACGUGUGGCGCCAAGUCGACUUUAGUUUUUAGGACAAACAAGAUGACUUUUUUUCUAUUUUUUUCGCUGUAAGAAGAAAAAAAAAAACGAGAAAACAAAGUAUAAAAAAAUCGAAUUACGAAUAAUAACAAUAAUAAUAAUAAUCAAUAAAAAUCUAAUUGUAAUAAUAAGCUCUUUGGUCGUUAAAGCUGCACAAGCUUUAAGAAAAACCUCUUAGACUUCGCUGCUGGCAGACGAGAUCGCGAUCUGUUUUGCAAAGUAAUCAAAUAAAAAUUAAUGGAAAAAACAAAUUAAAAUUUUCAGGCAUACAAGUAAACGUAGACAUUUGGCAAUGGAACAAUUUUUAAAGGGAUUCUAAAACUAUUCGAAAAUACAUACAUGCCUGUGGGUGAUAACACAUCUGAUGUACACGGUAUAAGCAAUUCAAUUGACAUUUACAAUGUUGCUGAGCUAAAAAAAAAUAACAAAAAUAAAAAGUAACAGUCGUUAUUUCGAGUAUAAAUCACUUGAGCGUUUAAAAAUUUUAUAAACAAUCAAGCUUUGGAAAAAUUUUACACUCGAAAUUUGAUAUUAGCAUUAGCGCAUUUGAAAAGUAGAAAAAUGUAUCAAUUAUCUCGGUAAUUUAAGUUUUUACAGCGUAGUAUGACGGAGAUUAUGAUAAAAUGUAACGUAUAAUCAUAAUUCAAUUAUUAGCUUGCAAUACAAGUUGGACAUUUUCUUGUACGCUUAAUGAUUAUUACUAUUUAUUAUUAUUACGUGCGUGUGCAUGAGGUUUGAGCAAAGAGUAUAAUCAGAUCUAUUGUAUGAUCUACGAAAUAUUUCUACGUAAUCACACUGCAAGUAAACAGUUGUAUCGCAAUUGCAUACUGUGACUAGGAAGUAUAGCAUACUAUAGUAAUCAAUAGUAAUAACGUAGCUUUGGAAUCUCUUUAAAAAAUAUCGCAAUAAACUAUCUUCAUAGUAGGUAGUACCAACUUGAUUGUUAGUCACUUGACGCUAAAACGAUUUUUAUACGUAGGGCAACAAAGUCACCCAUGCCGGGCAUCCGUAUAUAAUUAUCAUGUAGACGUCGACGCAGUCGAUUAAUUUCUCGACAUUUAGUGACAGUUAAAAAGUAAAUGAAAAUUCAAUAAAUGUUUUUUAAAAAGUCGCUUUUGGGAUUUUUUAUAUAGGUAUAAUUGUACUGAUAACAUUGUAAUGACGAUUACGUACCUCUUUUCCGCGCUGCUAAACGCUCUAUGAUGACAAAAGCAAAAAAAAAGAAACAAAUGCGUUUACAGAGCCAUAUUAUUCACCAGUAUUACUACUACUAUGUCUUUAUCAAGUGUGUGUCGCGAGUAUUUAAGGAUUGUGAAAUGAAAGUCAACAAAAAAAUUUCAUAUUGAGAAAGGUGUGACUCACAUUAAAGUGUUUUUUUUUCCCCUCUAUAAUCACUGUGUUUUGAGCGAUAGGCAACGUACUUUCUUUAAGUGUAGGCAUCACUUAGGAUGUAAAAGUAACUGCAUUUGUUGCACACUUGUUUAGUUGUAAAUUGUCAAUGGACAUUCUUUAUAGUAAUGGCAAUAUUGUAAUAUUUCACCAUAUAACGGUUAUCUAUAAGGCAUUUAUUACAAAAUUUGUUGGUUUGAUAAAAAAAAAAAAAAACAAAAGAAAAAAAAAAG